AUGCUGUCCACCACGGCCAUCGGCUGCGUGAAGAUCUUCGUCCCCUGCUGCCUGUACCAGCACAAGCUCCGGCCCUCCUACCCGCCCAACUUCGUCUCCACCAUGCUGUUCGUGGGGCUCAUGAGGUUCGCCACCGUGGUCCUGGGCCUGGUCAGCCUGAAGAACGUGGCCGUGUCCUUCGCGGAGACCGUGAAGAGCUCCGCCCCCCUCUUCACGGUGAUCAUGUCCCGGAUGAUCCUGGGGGAGUACACAGUCUGCUGCAGCGUGGCCAGCACCGUGAAGCACGCCCUGUCCAUCUGGCUCAGCGUCAUCGUCUUCGGCAACAGAGUCACCAGCCUGUCGGCCGUCGGCACCGUCCUGGUCACCGCCGGCGUCUUGCUGUACAACAAGGCCAAGCAGCACCAGCGGGAGGCCAUGCAGAGCCCGGCCAUGGCCAGCAGCCGCGCGCUGGGGGGCGACUCGGAGCCCCUGGUCCCCAAGGACCCCAGGCCUCAGCACUGAGCCUCCUGGCCCGAGGCGACGCCGCCCCCACCCCGCUCCCCUCCGGGGUCCCCCAAACCAAAGGAAGCUCAGGAUGGGCUGCCAGGUGUCGGCUUCCGAGGGCUGCUGGGCGCUGGCCUGGGACGGCUGACCCCCACCUUGACUCCCCGCUGCCAGCCCACACCCCACCGGACAGUGACCACCGAGACCAGGGAGGCAGAGACGGUCAGGCGCGACCGUGCCGGCCCUCCCAGCGGGACAGACACUGGACAUGGGUGCCGGGCAGGGGUGUGCGUGUGGCCUCCUGCCCAGGGCGGCCGGCGCCUGUCACCUCGGGAGCACCCGUGCUGGGCUCCGGCGGGACCCUGUGCCCUUUCCGGCCCGGUGCCUCGGACCAAGCAUCCUGGGCCCUCCUGACUCCGCCGUGGGCCAGGGGUCAGCACGUGACCCAUGGGCUGCAUUUGGGACGACGACGUGUUACAAAGGAGACGGGCUGCGUGGUCUCCGGACCGCUGGCCGGGCGAGCCUGCCUCGGAGCCUCCCCCGACGCCCGCGGGGCCGGCUCUUCCUGCCAGGCCCCAGCAGGAAGGACGACGUCCCCUCCUCCGGCCCGGGGCCUCCGUCCUUGCGCCGUCCUCAGCUCGCGCCUGGGCUGGGCUCGAGCGUGGGUCCACCGAGGCUGCCCUCUGCUGCACAUCUCAGGAACCGGUGUCCAGGGCUGGAUGCACCCGGCCGGGGGUGCCAGCCGGAAGGCAGCCUUGGCCCAGCCAUCCUGAGGCUGCCCACCGUCCUUGGCUCGCUGGGCUUGCUGACCUAUGACUGGACAGUGCAAGAGCGGCUCCUGCAGGUGACCUGGCAGAGCCCCGACCCACCAGCAGGCCCCCCCGGAGCUUCGCCAGGAGGCCUUGAACUGUGACCCCCCCCCCAGCAGGCCAGCAGGCCCCAGUACCCUCCCUGCUUUGCCAAGGACAAGCCUGGAGGGUCACCGAGGGCCGUGGGCGUCAGGCUGACCCCGAGGGCCAGAGCAACUCCCACUUCUGCAGCUGCUCUGGAUGGACACGGCACUAAGGCCUCGGGCAGACACUGGACGCUGGCCUCCGGGCCCCCAGGCCCCAGUCGCAGGCAGCCUGCAGGCAGUUCUGAUUCUCUGAGAUCCUGGCCCCCAAGCGGCUGCCUUUGCCGUUACUAAAGGAGGCAACUUCCUGCGCGA